AUGACGUCUUCAGAAUCUCGAAAAUUCCAAGAUCCAGAAUGUUUCGAAUCCUUGAAUUCUAAAUUUCUGGAAUCUCCAGAAUCUGCGGAUUCCGGCUUUCUAGGACCUCCAAAAGCUUCUUCUGAAUCUCCAGAAUUCAAGGAUUCUGGUGAAUUUCAAAACUACAGUAUCCUCAAUCCCCUUGGAAUUGGAAAUUUCAGUGCUGUCUCUCUAAUUUUGACUCAAAAAUCCAAAAAAUACGCGAUGAAAGAAUUAUUUUCGGAAGAAAACCAAGAGAACGACCCAUUUGAAGAAUUUGAGAAUCAUUUUUUGGUUUCAAGCUCCGCCCACCACCCGAAUAUUCUGAAAAUGUAUAAAAUGAGCAAUGACGACGAGGAUGGAACAUGUCGGUAUUUUAUGGAAUAUGUGGAUUCUGGAAACUUAUUCGAGAGGAUUCAAGAGAAUUUGGAGAACGGAUUUUCAGACAAAUUGGCGCUGAAAUUUUAUAGACAGUUGGUUUUUGGAUUGGAGCAUAUUCAUGGAAUGGGCAUUGCUCAUUUGGAUAUUCGACCCGAGAAUUUGAUGUUGACCGGAGAUGAAAUCCUAAAAAUCAGUGAUUUCGGCUUAUCAGUUCGAUUCAAGGAUGAAAAUGGCAUCUCAUCUCUUGUGGAACCUUCUGGAAGCGCCUUAUAUCGAUCACCGGAAUGUAGAAAAUGCGCUCUAAUCGACGGACCAAAAUCGGAUAUUUUUUCAAGUGGAGUGGUUCUUGUUGAGAUGUUAAAUGGGUGUUAUCCAUGGGAAGAGGCGACAGAAACUGAUGAGAAUUAUAAGAAAUGGAUCGAUGGAAUUGAGAAUAUGGGAUGGAAAAAUGCAGGGGAGCUGGUUAUGGCAUUCCUUCGCAAAAUUCUCACCGACGACCCUGAAAAGCGUGCCAAAAUCCAGGAAAUUAAAUCGGAUGGAUGGUUCCAGGAAAGCUACAGUAAUCCGGAGAACUCGAGAAAACGGAAAAUCGCCGAAAAUGAGCAACAAGAAAAGAGGACAAGACUCUACCUGUCCGAAUGCUCAAAACUAGCUUUCAAUGUUGCCCGGCUAAAAAACAUGAAGGAAUUCGGGCUAGAAAUUGCUUCAUCUUCAACCCAAAUCCUAAUUAUUGGUCCGGAUUUCAAAGAAGCCGUUGGAUUCACAUUUAAAAAAUCGAGGUCAAUGAAUUCGAUUCGUUAUCUUCCCAGCGAGAAUCCGGAUAAAGACUUUCCAGAUCUUUUGAAGAAGAUUCUAGAAGUUUUCGGAAUCUCCCAAGUCUUGUAUUUCUUCACAAACGAUUCCAACUUCCAACUUUUCGUCUCAAUUUCGGAAAUUUUGAUUCAACGACAAUGCAAAGUUGCUACAUUGCAUUUUUGGUUGAAACAUGUGGAAGAUAAGAAGAAGUUAAAGUAUAUAUUGGAUAAUUUGAGGAUUUCCGAGUUGCUGCGAUUUCAUUCUGAUGUCAAAUUAAGCUCAAAUUUUGAAUAUAUUCCUGGGAAUUACCCAAAAGUGCUUAGCGUUGAAAACUCUUCUUGGUUUGGACUAAAUCAACUGUUCUCAGCUGUCAAAAGCUCCUUAAAAGUUACAAUUUCCAAAUCAUCGCUCACAAUUCAUGAUCUUAACGAAUUCCUUGGAAAAUGGAUUGCUGGAGAGAUUCAAAACAUGACAGCGUUCUCUAUCUCUAUAACUAGCAAAAAUUUCAUUGGAGACUCGCCGGUUCUCGGAAUGAAACAACCGAUUAUAGGAACGCGGAAUUGGCGGAUUAAUCACGGAGUUAUCUGUGCAAAAGUUCAAUUUGGACGCUUGAUCAAGAACAUCAAUGGAGAGGAAGCAGUCAUUGAACUGAUGUAUAACAGAUUUUUGUUCCUAGCUUCGAGUUGA